AUGCCAGUCACUAAGUUUUCAACCCCGGAAAAGUACCAAUACCUCAACGGCUUUGGGUCGUACCAUGAGUCGGUCCUCCCUUGCCUGUCACGGCUUCUCAAGACGGAGGCCAUUCCCAAUACCCUCCCAAUCGGGGCCAAUUCGCCCCAAGUCCCCAACCACGGCCUCUACGCCGAGAAACUGUCGGGAACAUCCUUCAUUGCACCCCGAAGCGAAAACCAGCAGACAUGGGUGUACCGUAUUCUCCCAUCAGCGGCCCAUCUUCCAUUUGAGCGUGACAAUGACUACGAGGCGACCGCAACCAUCCAUCACAUCCCUCAGCAGCUCCGGUGGGAUCCAUUCGAUCUUGACGAUAAAGCCGAUUGGGUACACUCGUUGAAGCACCUCGGUGGCGUUGGCAGCCCUGCCAUGAAGACGGGAAUCAGCAUCUUCAUCUACGCUGCCGGUGUGUCUAUGCCGGCACGCCAGGCUUUCUACUCUGCCGAUGGAGACUUUCUCAUCGUCCCGCAGCACGGAGUAAUGGAUAUCCAGACUGAGCUUGGCCGUAUCCUGGCUCGGCCAAACGAGAUUGUUGUCAUUCCCCGCGGCAUUAAGUACCGUGUAGACCUCCCGGACGGACCGGUUCGGGGUUACAUCAUGGAGCUUCACGAUGGCCACUUCAAGCUCCCCGAGCUGGGUCCCAUCGGUUCCAACGGGCUGGCUAAUGCGCGCGACUUUCAAGCACCGGUUGCUUCGUUCGAUGACGCUCCCGAGGAUGAUACCCCGUGGACGAUUUACACAAAAUACAAUGGAAACAUGUUCCUCGCAAACCAGGCCCACACUCCGUUUGAUGUCGUAGGAUGGCACGGUCUCUAUUACCCCUACAAGUACGAUCUCGGCAGGUUCAACGCCAUCGGCAGCAUCAGCUUCGAUCACCCUGAUCCAAGCAUCUACACCGUGCUCACCAACCCGACGGCGGAUUUCGUCAUUUUCCCUCCUCGCUGGUUGGUGCAGGAGGACACGUUCCGGCCGCCAUGGUAUCACCGCAACACAAUGUCCGAGUUCAUGGGGCUCAUCAUGGGAGAGUACGACGCCAAAACGGGCGGUGGCUUCCGUGCGGCUGGUGCCAGUCUUCACAACGUCAUGAGCGCCCACGGCCCCGACGCAGAUGCCCACGCAAAGGCUAGCGCGGCGGACCUCAAGCCUUUUAAGGUGGGAGAUGGGAGCAUGGCAUUCAUGUUCGAGAGCCCGUUGAUGAUUGGCGUGACUGAUUGGGCCCUGGAAAAGUGUCGCAAGGUGCAGCCGGAGUAUAACGCCGAGUCAUGGGUACCACUGAAAAGACACUUUAAGUGGCCCACCACCGGCGAGGGGGCGUGA